ACAAGGAGGAGAAGGAGGAGGAAGAGGAUGCUGCGUGCCUUGGUGGCGGUGUCCCUGUGGCUGCGGGUGAGCCCGCGGGCGCAGGGCGCGCCGUGCGAGGCGGUACGCAUCCCCAUGUGCCGCUCCAUGCCCUGGAAUAUCACUCGCAUGCCCAACCACCUCCACCACAGCACCCAGGAAAACGCCGUCCUGGCUAUCGAACAGUACGAGGAGCUGGUGGCCACCGGCUGCAGCCCGGUCCUGUCCUUCUUCCUCUGCGCCAUGUACGCCCCCAUCUGCACCCUGGAGUUCCUCUACGACCCCAUCAAGCCGUGCCGCUCCGUCUGCCAGCGCGCCCGCGACGGCUGCGAGCCCAUCAUGCGCCGCUACAACCACAGCUGGCCCGAGAGCCUGGCUUGCGACGACCUCCCCGUCUACGACCGCGGUGUCUGCAUCUCCCCAGAGGCCAUCGUCACCGACGUGCCGGAAGAUGUGAAGUGGACGGACUUCACACAGGGCUUUAUGGUGCCGGACAGACCCCUGGAGCCUGACUGCAGGAGCCGUGGCCAGGGUGAGCCUAGGACGAUCCCCCACCUCCACCUCCCUGGAGACAGGGUCCCUCUGACACCUCUCAACCUUUCUCCCUUCUCUUCCUUUGAAGAGCGGUGCAGGUGCAAAAAGACAAAGCCUACACUGUCAACCUACUUGGCCAAGAACUACAGCUACAUCAUUCACGCUAAAGUAAAAAGUGUAGAAAGAGGGAACUGCAAUGAGAUAACCACUGUGGUUGAAGUCAAAGACAUACUCAAGUCUUCAACACCAAUUCCUCUGUCCCAAGUGCCUCUUCUUACAAAUUCCUCCUGCCAGUGCCCGCCUCUUCAACCAAAGCAGGAUGUUCUCAUCAUGUGCUAUGAGUGGCGCUCAAGGUUGAUGCUUCUUGAUGGGUGUCUAGUUGAAAAAUGGAAGGACCAACUUAACAGAAGAUUUAAGAGGUGGGAACAGAGACUGCAAGAGCAAAAACGGCGAACUGCACGCAGUAAGAGCCAGAAUUCAGGACGCAGUGGUCAGAGUGGAGCCCUGAAACCGCAAACCAAGAACACCAAUCCACUGAUCAGUGGCCCCAAAAAGGCCGUUAAAACAAGAAAUGGCCAGAAAGAAAUCAACCCCAAAAAAGUAUGAGUGUGAAGUUCCCGAAAGGAAGGACUUUCCCUGCACGACAAGGGUCACAAUCUGGCUUGGUCAGCAUGUUUUAUUAAUCUGGAACUCAUCGACUUAAAGAAUUAUGUCAUUUUCUACAUAGACCUCUUUGCUGCACUUUACUGUUACAAGGUUUGCUUAUUCUUUCAAGUCACUGCAAGCCAUAAAGCAUAGGUUUGCACUAAUAUGAGGUAGGCAUAUUCCAGCUGACCGAGCUUUAUCUUUGGGCUCUGAUUUCCCAUCUAGACAGAACUAGCCUUUGCUGCCAGAGGUUUUGACUCCUUGUACCA